AUGAAAAAUUCUAAACAGUUUUCUUUACUUCAGUGGGGAUUUCAUAGAUUUUACAGUUAUAGAUAUUAUAUAUCAGUUAAUAAAAUUUGUUAUUUCCAUUCACAUUCUGUUUAUCAUGCAAAAUCAUUUGAUGACCGUGCAAAUCAUCAAACAUCUCAAGAGAUUUUCGAUAUUGACGCGCUGACAACAAAAAGAUUGACAAGCAUGUACAAGCAGACAUUCACCUGGAAAUCUUCAAUUAAACGUAUAUCACUAAAACGUAUCUAUUGUUUAUGCACUAUGGUAACACGAACCUGCUAUCAGACUACUAUUAAUACUACUAAUAAUCCUGUCACCUAUAAUACCCAUCAGCAACCUGUUUCAUAUUUCACACCGAAAGCGGGUCACUUUGGAAAACAAUGGAAAAGUUAUCAAAAUUUAGAUGAACCUCGAUUACUGAAUCGUCAUGUAUCAGAUCAAUACAUAGCAGCGGCACUUUUCAGUGGUUCUUGUAAAAACCUCUCCAAGAAAGGAUACAAUAUUACCAUUAAAAUCGACAACAGUAAAAGUGACCAUAAUAAUCAUAAUAACAAUAAUAAUCACAGUAGUAGUAACUAUAGUAUCAAUAGUGUAAAUAACGGUAGUCAACAUCCCUAUUUCAACAGGCAUAUUAUGUCAAAUGUAUGUGGUAACCUACAAAAUCGAAAUUUAGAAUUUAAGGAAAAUUCCUCUGCACCAAGGGUGCAUGGAAAGUUACGUGCUGCUUCUCUCCCACCUUUAUUAUCAUUGAUGACAGGAAAUUAUUCAACCCCACAAAAAUCAAUUAUUGCCAAUACUGGUAAUGCUUCACCGUCAUUGGUUAAUCCAGUGUGUCAUUCCUUUUUUCCCCCUUCUAAAUGCAAACAUGAUGGUGCAGACUGGGAGGACUGUCGUAUUAGUAUAGACUGUUUUGGUAUUAAAACAACUAACUGUAAAUAUGUUCGGCACCUACACAAAAAUUUCAACUAUCAUUUUACACCACAGUCGAACCUAUCAACAGUGAAUGAAAACAGAUGGGAAGGGUUGAAUUCAAGAUAUUAUUUGCCUUUACCAGUAAGAAUACCUUCCAUUCAUUUGGAAGGUAAAAAGUUUGACCACUGCCAGUCAAUAAGAUCGCACAGUUUAUGCGCUAGAUCUGUUCGUCUCUCGAUCAUACCAUUAAAUCCAAUCUACAAAAGAAGGUCAUCAUCAGUGAAACGAAGACAGUGUGGAAACAAUCUUCACCCAACAAGCACAAAUACAGAUUGGAUUAAUUCAGUUGACUUACACCAUUGUCGAACAGUUCUUCGUAAUUGUUGGCGUAAAAAUAUAAUUCAAAGAAUGGCCUUCAAAAUUGAUGAUUUUACAAUUCAAGAAGACCAAGUCAAAGCCGCUAAAGAUGUUUUCAAACGCUUCGACAAAAGAGGACAAGAGAAAAUAAGCACUACUGAUUUGGGUCCAGCUUUUCGUGCGCUCAACCUAACAGUUAAACCGGAUACUUUGAAAGAAUGGGCUGAUCAAGUAGACGAUGACGCCACUGGAUUCAUUGAUUUCAAUGGAUUCCUAAUCUGUUAUGGAAAGAAGUUGCAAGAAGAUCAAGACGAAAGAGAUUUACGAGAUGCCUUUCGAGUGUUGGAUAAAAAUAAACGUGGUGAGAUUGAUGUAGAGGAUUUACGGUGAGUAUUCUUUGUGUAAGACACAUUGUCGUUUUGUUUUUAUAAUUUUACGUGUCUGUGAAUUGGUCAAUAACAGAGUGUUGAUUUUGUCUUCAUUCUGACUUAUAUUUUCAAAGAAUUACUUGGUUUUGCAUGUUGUGCUAGAAAAGCAUUUCCAGUGAACACAUUACUUGGAAAUUGGUUCUGUUUGAUUUGUUUUAAACAUCAAAAUGUCUUCAAAUCGUAUUAUAUACUACCACACAGUUUUAAGGUAUUUCUGUGAUAUGAACAUGGACUAUAAAUUAUGCCGGAAAUGUUAUCUAGUUAAAUGAUACUGUUUCAUUUUGUAACAUUUCUAAUAAACAGACUGAAAUAGAAUUACAAUCCACUGCAUUACCGAAAUUCUACUAAAUUUGUUGAAAUAUUGCACAGUAGUAUUCAUCACGGACUGAAAUUAGUGACCAUUGAAAACCUGUAGAGAUUUGAUAGCUGUUUCGUCCCAGUUUGUACCCACAAUCCAGCUAAGUAUGCUAGCCAGGACUUUGAGGUUCCGCAUGAAUACAUUAACACUGAGCCACCGAGUUGGAAUCCAAUUGUUCAGAUUUUAUUGUAUCUGACUAUUCGUGAAAUAGGGCAUUUUUUCAUCCAAUGCUGAAAUAUUGUAUGCUGAGAAUUCCAUGAUGCAUGAAACACACUGUCUGGAAUGAAGUUAUUGUUAUUAAAGUGACAAGACUAAAAGAAACUCUGUGUUUUUUUCCUUCGUAUGUAUGAUCAUACAUCAAAUAAUAUGUUCCUCGAGUUAAGGCCGUACUGGGUUAUCAAGAGAACGCAUUAUGCAGCUGAGUUCAUCGUCCUCAAGACAGCAAAAAUCAUGUUUCAACACAAACCCUCAAACUGAAAAAAUGAUUAUACCACCUGGCACUGUGUAUACCAACUUGCAUGUGUGGGGCCCCACAUAUAUUAUGAAGACGAGUCUGACUAUCCAACUGAAGUUAAUGGGACAGAUCCCUCAAUGAUGGCUGGAGAAAUAACCACUCUGCAGUAUCCCUAUAAAUAUGGAUGGCAGACAGAUGUCAUAGUCUCCUCAGAAAAACACUAUGAAACGGAAAUAUACACCACUUCCAAAUUACUAUAUAUGAGCUGACACAAAACUAUUUUUGAGUUUAUGAAAGUACAACUGACCUGCACCCGUGUGUGUCCGUGUCCCUGAGAAACUUCUUCCCACCUUUAACCAUCUGUAGUAAUCUAUAUCGCAGUCCAAUACCAAGGACGCAGUGAGAAUGGCUUAUUCUUUUUUCUCCACCUAUUAUUUGAACAUCUAUAGCCUUUAUACGAAUAAUCUGACUUUAUUUCGUUUUUCCUCUUCAUAUAAAAAGCAAUGAGGAGUAAACGGAGUGACUUUAAAGACCACCCCAACAACAACUGGAAUAACUAAUCAGGCCUUUUUAUCUUAUGAAAAUCUUCCUUUCCAGCCGAAACUAAGUAGCCUAAUUGGCUAUUUCGAUUGUUGCUAAGGUGGCUUUUAAAGCAGCCCUGAAUUACAGGCAGCUGAGGUCGAAAUAACUGUUUACACUAGUGAUCAAAUUUCUGACUGAGCUAACUCUAAAAGUUAGAAGAAAUUCAAUGUUAGAUGGGAUGUUUUUGAAAGCUGAGUCUACCAAAAAGAUACUCAGCAUCACCGUUAUUUUCGACAACGUACUAUUACAGUCAGACAGUUCUUAUUUCUGAGUCAAUUAAGACAAGUUUUAUUGAAAACAGUCCUGACAGCUGUGAAACUACAUCACAUACUGACCUUUUGUUUGAACGAAGAGUCUGGAAGAGUUAUGAACUUUAAGGUCAGAGGGUAUGGAUAAAUAAGAAUAAUGUACACACAUUUAUAUAAUGUCCACUGCUUUCUGGUUUUUAUUCGGUUCAGAAAAAGUGCCUUUAAAAAUGAUUGUUUAAAGUACAGAUCAUAAGGUCGGUGAACAGAGAGACAGACAGAUCAACGUAAAAUCUGGCACAGAAGUAUAUCAGUUCCAGUUGCACUGUUUGACAACGACACAUAAGGCGUAGAUGGAUAGAAAAGUAAUGAUAGGGUGAACAAAUAGAUGAAGUUUAAUGAAUUUGCUCAAAACUUCUAAGAUAAAAAGUGGUGUGUACAUCAGCACCAUUGUUAUCGAUUUUCAGCCAUGUCACCAAGAGUCUGUAACUAGUGAUUCAUAUCGCCUUAAGUACGGCAAUCAAGUAGUUUACAUCUCCCAACAGUCAAAAACUUCAUGAACUGAUGUCAUGUCCUAGUGUGAUCACUCUUAAACUUCUAGCCCAAUCCCACCUCGGCUUACCUUGCAUACCAAGGUAGGUGGUGGCCUGCCAUGCGCAGCACGUGACUAUGUCAACCCAGUCGGUGAAGGAAUACAACCUGACCAACUGACCUUCAUUUUUUGCUUAAAAUCGUUUGUCUAACCUCGGUAUUGCUCACACGGUGAUUAGAUUAUAUGCAAGCAAUACUACAAAGACAUCUAGGGUCAAAAUAAAAUACAACAAAAGCAGUAAUGUGUAUAAGUUGCGCAUAAUUGGUACAAGAUGCUACUUCAAUGCUAAUCUGCACUGAUCCUAAGUUUAACAGCAGAUUAAGAAUAAUAGUUACCACAACUCCUCAGAAAGCCUAAUCAGCUCUGUUGAGAUAAUUGAUAGUGGAAUCUCAACACAACCUAUUUUAUAUUUACCAUCCGGAUACCUAUCGAAAAUCGUAAAUACAUUACAGUAUUUCACUCAGUUGAACGUAAUAUUUAUUGGACGAUCUAAAAAUAUAAUGGCUGAAAGUGUUCUUAGAAUAAUUUUAAUGUGUAACGAAAACAAUAAGUGGGUAGUUCUCAAGUUAGACUGGAGUUUUAGACAUAAAAAAAAGGUUAAUUAAUGAACAUGUUAAUAGACACCGGGUAAUGUGAACUUGAUGACUAUUAUGUACACCAAACCACGUGAUAUCGCAAUAUGUGAUGAUACCUGCAGUAACAGUAAGUAAGUGAACGCUACUUACCAUCCACUUACAAAACUAAUAAGGACUCGUUUGAACCAUAUGGCGAGAAAUCGACAUACUGAUUUAAUCAGUCGAAUAGCGGUUACUUAAAAUCGGUUACGUAUAAAUAAUUCAACUUACUUUUGUAUACAAUUAGUGUAUCUAUUAAUUCCAAGUCAUGUCAUGCUCGGUCUCUGUUCCAUUUCUGAUAUUUUCCAUUUUUCACUGGCUAACUCUUCAUGCAAUUAAAAUAUUGAUAUUAUUAUUCCCAUCCAUCGGAAAACCACUGGGAAAUAAGGACUAUCUUAUUUCCAGUAACAUCUUUCGUUUUUGCAUACACAUCUAAAGAGAUUUCAAUUUUUCCCCAAUUACAGUCACAAACUGUUAAAACUAGUAACUAAAGUAAUUUCAUGAAAUUCGUUGAUGAAAGAAAUCUUAGGUUUAAUUGACUUAGCCACUAUAUUAUUUUAGUGAUAUACUUUAAUCUACUUAUAAGUAGUAUUACUGUUUAAAGCUGCAUUACUGUAACUUCAUUGGAUUUUAGAUGGAUUCUGAAAGGUCUUGGAGAUGAUCUUACCGAAGAAGAAAUUGACGAUAUGAUCAGAGAUACCGAUACUGACGGAUCUGGGUUCGUCGAUUUCGAUGGUGAGUCCUGACUCCGUAUAAAGAUUCACGUGUUUCUGCAUAUAUGGUAAACAGGAUUACUAGUUCUAAGAAAAUAAUGAGUGGAUGUAUUACUUUUGACUCGGAGAAUUCAAACUGUAUUUGCGCUACACAUAGGAAUAUCCAAUAAACUCAGAAAAUGUCACUUAAAAAAGUAACACGGGUGUCCACUAUCGUGUUUUUCCUGUAACAGAACAGCAGCCAUCAACUUCACAGUGACAUACUUUAGGAAUAAUUAUUCAGGUAUACGCUAAUCUUAUCCAGUAACCAUUGCCGAAAACUAGAGGAUAAUGAUGUGAAAUUGCAACAUUUCGUUCCGUACACCAAUUCACAUAAUAUGAAUAUUAUUAACCAGUUUACUGAAGUCGCCUUACUAGUUGAGAAUUGACAGUGGUCUAACUUCUCGAAGUUGUAUUUCUACAAUAGUGAUUAUGAUUUCUGCUUAAAAAGAUCUAUGAAACGAAAGAUGUUGAAGGUUGAAGUAGCAUCUGAAACCAAAAUGGUUGGUUUUUUUCCUAAAGAAAAGAAAUGGUUAACCGGUAGGCAGUGUAACUAACCCGGUACUAACACCCUGCUUAUUAGUAGGCUUUCCCAAGAGGAGCCACUUUCAUCAAUGUUUUUUCUAACUUCAUUAGACGUAGAUUACAGAAAACUCCAAACCAUCUGUGUGUUAUCUCCUAAACCCUACAGGUCAGUAGUGCUGGAGGUUAGUAACAAUUCUACCAGCAACUGUCAAACUGUACACAUGUCGAUAUUCCAACGAUCUGAGUAGUUUACAACAAGUAACUGCAAACCAUCUAAAUAUCCUGAUGGAAAUGGUCCACUACAGUGCACAUAUGAUGACCUCUGUUACUCGCGAACACCUUAGUGUAGUGAAAAAACAUAGUACUAAUGAAGAAACAGAAGCAACUCGACCAGAGAAUGUUUUCUACGAACAAUUGAACUGGUACUGGUUACAUAUAGCACUUCUUGCAAUAACGCAACCAUUUGCAAAUGUCUUCGUUUCCUCUCCGUUCCUGUCUUGAUUUGCUCUUGACCGACUCUUCAUACACUCUUAUCAGCAGCAUCCUCUGUAAUACGCCUGUGUUGUCCCCUGCGUUGCUCUUGGCAGAAACCUUACCCAUUGCCGGUAAUUCUCUACCCUCUCGAUAUAUACUACUUAUAUCCGUUGUUAUCAACAACGCCCACUACACUAAGUGUUGCUGUGUGAUGAAACUUGAAUACGAACUAUGCCAUUUUAGAGAUAACUCUCACUUCAAAGUAGAUACUCAUGAAAUUCUAACCACUACACUGACAAAAGUACGUAUUAAAGCACUUUCAAAGCAUCCACUGGCCAAAAGCUUCACACUCUAUUGUCUCCUUCUCAGGGUGAUCAUUCUGUUUUUACCAUCAUGAUAGAAUUGAUCUAAUUCACUAACUAAACGUCGAUCAAAUACAGUUGGAUCAAGGUAACGUACUCAGUUUGAAAUCCUGUUUAAACUAAAACAGUUCACCAUCAAACAGGUCAAUGUAAAGUUAGCCCCGAUGCUGUCUAUGAACAAAACGAAAGCUUCACGAUUAAACCACCCAAUUUAGAGAAUGUAACAUAGCCGAAAUCAUCCACCGGAGCUACAAAUACUCUCAUUCGUUUGCGUUAACAUACUAGUUGAUUACUAAAUGACAGAGAUUAGGACUAUUAGACAGACAGACAAAGUCAACCUAGAACCUCGUACAUAAGUUCAUUCGUUCAGGUUGGUACACUUCACAGGUGGAUAGGAAAGAUUGAUGUCAAAACAGACAAGAUGCAUGGAAAGAGAACGAAUUUGAAAAUGAAGGUAGGUCAAAAACUUUAGGAGUGAAUAUAUCUUCAACAUUUUUACCGGUCUUCAGCCAUGUCACUAAGAGUCCUCAACCAAUUCAUACACUGAUGCUACAUCUUAAUUUGGUCAACCUAUUCCAACUUCCCCCAGCAUUGUUCAUCGAGGUAGACACAUCUGUUAUAACUUUCUCAGAAUCCUUAAAACUCCAUCAACCAAAGAGUUCAAAGUGUUUUUUUCAUUUGAAAUGUCAGAAAACUGAAAAUUCCUUGCUUGAUAAGUAGUGACAUAAUUGAAGACUUAGUCUGUGCUGAUAGUGUUUUCUAGCGUAGUAACUAGAUCCUUAUCUUUCUUUGGUUAAACUAUAGAAUCUAAUGAGUGCAAUACUGUUAAGACAGCUCUACUAAGCAUCGAUUCUCUUCCAUUAAACAAACACGAAAUUAUCUCCCUUAUUAAUUAAAUACAAUAGCUUUAUCCUACUAAUUGAUGUAACAACAUAUUUUCCAAUCUUUCAUCAAGAUUUUUUUUUAAUUUUAGAAUUCUACAAACUCAUGACAUCUGAAUGAAUCCUCAACUUCUGGAAUCAUCAAAACAACGAAACAAAAAAACGCUUUUUCCAACUUUCCUUUUGUAAUAUACCAAAAUGUAAUGCUUCACCGAUCACACUACAAGCACCAACACUGAUUCUCCUAUUGGACAAUCUUAGUUUUAUUUAAAUCGAUUAUUCAAGUGACUGCUUCGUAACGCUAAAUAUAUCCUACCUUAGUAAUCAAUGAUGUAGUUAUUUAUAAUCUAAAUAUACUAAACAACUGUAUUUUAUC